UUGAUCAAAGAAAUUUCUUUAAGAGAAGCUUCGUUACGAUACACUAUACCAAAAAGUACUUUGCAAGAUAGAACGUCAGCAUUGAUCCGUGGGGAAGAAGCGAUGUUGCGACCACAAAUCGGUAAAUUCAAUCAACCAAUUUCACCAGAGUACGAAACUGGAGUAAAUUGUGUGCAGAAGCAUCAAAAAGUUCUUGCUGCAAAGGCUGUCCGGUACCAGGCGCCACUUGCAGAGGCUGCGAUUAUUCUCACCAAAGUUUAA